UACAUUAGUGAGUGUUUGGGUCAGUUUGUGGUGUGUUGUGCUUCGAUUAACGCGGGAACUUCAAGCCUCUAUCAUUCUCCCAUGCUGUAGGAAGAUUUUUGCCUUUGACAGCCUCAAGAUGCUAUUUCCCGUUGUCCUAAUUACAUUCCUGGCUUCAUCAGCUGCACAGGCUUUCGGAGCUCUGGUAUCCUUAAAUGACACCCUGAAUCAGUGCUGCCAUCUAGGUAGUCAAUGGGCAACUGAGGGUACUAAUUGCACUGAAUACGACCAGUCCCUGGAUGAAGGUAUACCAGUAGAGCUGCUUCAUGUUUGCCUAUCGACCGUGGAGAUCUGCUGUGUUCGACAGCAGCGCCAUCUACAAUGCAUUGGGGGCCAAUCAGCUGCACGUAGGGAUGCUACCUGUCGCGAUGCUCUGGUUGGUGUCCCAGAGCCAGCCUACUACCGCGAUUGUUGUGAAUCUUGCAAAAUAGGCCUUAUGACUGCUCAAUUGGUGCCACAGUGCGACCUUUUGACCUUCGGAUCACCUUGGCAAGAGGUUUAUGCAGCUUGCUGCGAGGAGGCGGCAGCUGCCAAUGCUGCCAAUGGAUCAAAUCCCUGCUCCAGUGCUCAAUGCCAUCAGAUUUGUGUACCAACUGGACAUUCUUAUACCUGCAGAUGCACUCCAGGUUUCGUUCUCACCCACGAUGGACAUUCCUGUAGAGUGGCUAAUGCUACAGUUCCAAUCUGUGAUGAUGGUUACACUUGGGACUCAAAUACUGACCAGUGUACAGAUAUUGAUGAAUGCUCCGAUGAGGCUCGCUGUCCACCCCAUACGGCUUGUCAUAACACCCCUGGUGGCUUUAUUUGCGAAGCCGAGAGUACAGAGGCUUGUGCCAUGGGCUUCAAACGUCUCGGAUCCAAAUGCAUCGAUAUCAAUGAGUGUGAAACCGAUAGAGAUGCCUGCGAUACAAAUCAGAUUUGUACCAAUGAACUUGGUGGCUUCAGAUGUGACUGCCGAACAGGCUUCAUUCUGGAUCCCGUAACUAAUGCCUGUAUUGACAUCAAUGAGUGUCAAAUCAAUAAUCACGAAUGCCUAGAAAGCCAGAGAUGUGACAAUACCAUUGGUUCUUACACAUGCAUCAGAUUACAGAGUUGCGGCACCGGUUACACCCUAAAUGCUGGAACUGGACUUUGUGAUGACGAUGAUGAAUGUAUCCUUGGUACGCAUAACUGCGAACCUCCAUAUGAGUGCAAGAAUACUAAGGGAUCCUUUAGAUGUGAACGGUCAAGAACGAUUUUGCAACCUGCACCCAACAGAUCACCCACCUAUACGCAUUAUCCGCAGCUCAGCAACGCCAUCUGUGGUGUAGGCUAUCGGGCUGAUGCUAGAGGCAGAUGUACAGAUAUCGAUGAAUGCAGUGAGGGAAUGGCCAAUUGUGCCCCCGAUCAAAUUUGUCGCAACAAACCUGGAGGCUAUGUAUGCUACUGUCCGCCUGGUUACAUACUAGGCAAGAGUCGUCAGUGUGAGGAUAUCGAUGAGUGUGCGACGUCAGGAUUCUGCCCAACCAAUUCACAGUGCCUCAACACUCCAGGUAGCUACCACUGUGAAUGCGCCGCUGGAUUUGCAGCGGCCACUGGCUCGAGACCACUAUGUGUCGAUGUGGAUGAAUGUAGCGAACAGCCUGGUAUUUGUCAUCAGAGAUGUGUCAACUAUUGGGGGGCCUACAAGUGCACUUGCGAUUCUGGAUAUAAAUUGGCACCAGACAAUCGAACAUGUCUCGAUAUCGAUGAAUGCGAGGCUCACCGGAGUUAUGACCUGUGUGUAGGCAAUUGUGAGAAUACUUUGGGUUCUUAUUCCUGCUCCUGUCCACCUGGAUACCAUCUAGGUCAGGACAAUCGCAGCUGUUUGGACAUUGAUGAAUGCGCCUCUGGUAACGUUUGUCGGAACUACAAUGAGAUCUGCACUAACACUCGCGGUGGCUACAGGUGUCAUCCCAUUCACUGCCCCAGCGGUUACACCGUUGACACAGAACGUCGCAAUCGUUGCCGCCGCAUGUCGCUGCUAUGUGAUCGCGAUGAUCUAGAAUGUUUCACCAGACCAUCAUCAUAUUCCUUCAAUUUUAUCACACUGGUGGCCAAUAUGUCAGUACCACCUCAAGGAAGGGCAUUGUUUAACCUCAAGGGGCCGAAUUGGUACGACAAUAUCGAUUUUUUCCUGCGCAUAGUUCAUGUAACAGCGCCAUCUGGUGUUCAAAAAGCCACUGAUGCAUCAUUUACACUGCGAAAGAUGCACAAUGAGGCCCUCCUGAGCCUCGUGGAGGCACUCGAGGGGCCUCAAGACGUCGAGUUGGAACUCAGCAUGACAGUCUACAAAGAUCACCUACCAGGUGGCAGCAAUAUUGCAAAAAUUUUCAUUUUUGUCUCUGAAUAUGCCUUCUGAGGCCAAUCCCAAAGUUUUUUAGUGUUUCAAAAUAAAGAUUAUUUUGAAAAUGAAA